GCGGCUGCUCCGAGCUCGCGCGUCCGCCGGUGGAAUAUAUUUUUGAAUAUAUUUUUUUUUAACCUAGCCGAACCUGCACUGCUUUUGUCUUUUAGUAAACAUGGCAUGCGCUCGUAUGGAAUAUAUGGAUAUGACGAUUCACUUGUUUUUCAUCGAAUACAGAAUUUCAUUUUGACCGUUUUCUUCGGUUAAAAACAACAGUUACUUUGGUUUAUAUAAUUAUUUAGGACAAACAAAGUUUUUAACUUUUUUUUUUUUGACAUGACGCUUUAAUCCCAAUGGAUGUUCGUUGACGAAGCAGCUCUACAUGAAGAUGGGAGCCCUGCAGCUAAACACUCCUCUGAGUUAGCCAUGCAUCACUGCAAUUCAUCAGGCGCUGUGCCACUCAGCCCAUUCUCCAAUGACAGUCAAUGGGAAGGACCGCCGACCUCUCCAUCAUUAGCUGAAAAUGUCACCUCGGAGAGACCUAUCCUUAGCGGGCCUAUAGCUGCGAUGCUCUCGAUGACCCUGGGGAUCCUGUCUAACAUCGUGGCUUUAUUCAUCCUGGCAAAUGCAUAUGCCCGUCUACGUCGACGAUCCAAAGCGUUUCUCCUGUUUGCCAGCUCUUUGGUAGCCACGGACUUUGUGGGACAUGUCAUACCUGGUUCAAUAGUCAUGAGGCUGUAUCUUUCUGGAGGUGUACCCUCUGAAGAAUACAACCGGGCGGACCCAUUAUGCCAGUUUCUAGGAGGCAGCAUGGUGUUUUUUGGACUGUGUCCGCUCUUUCUUGGUUGUGCCAUGGCAGCUGAGAGGUGUCUGGGGGUGACAAAGCCACUGCUCCAUGCAUCUCUGGUUACAAUCACAAGGACUAAGCUCUCACUUUCUGUUAUCUGGUUAGCAGCUCUUUGCGUUGCUCUUCUGCCCUGCUUUCAGCUGGGUUCAUAUACCUACCAGUAUCCAGGAACCUGGUGUUUCAUUAAAGUUCUGGAGGACACAGAGAAGGCAGACGUGGCCUUUGUGAUGUUGUUCUCAGGACUGGGGUUGACAUCCCUUGCUGUUGCUUUGGUGUGUAACACCAUAAGUGGACUGACGCUAGUGUUAGCAAGGAUACGAAAAAAACCAUGUAACCGUCGAUCAGCUAGAUCGCAUGAUAUUGAGAUGGUGGUGCAACUUGUAGGCAUAAUGGUCACAUCUUGUAUCUGCUGGAGCCCUCUUCUGAUUGUUGGCCUAAUUACAGUGAAACAUUCAUACGAGGGCUCUAUUGGAGAGGACCUUGCCACCUUUAAGACCCUAAUGAUAAUGGGAGUGCGGAUAGCAUCCUGGAACCAGAUACUGGACCCAUGGGUGUACAUUCUUCUUCGGCGUUCCGUCCUCCAAAAGAUUUACUUCAUCACCAAACGGCCAAAAGACUUUAAAGAAAGCACUUUUCGCUGCUGGGAGAUCCAUUCCUUCCCCAGCUCUGAGAAGAAUCCUGUCAGUAGAGUCUGAAUCUGAGUGUGCAUUAAUAAAAACAGGAGGCCUACUCGGUGUCAGUCAGCUCUACCGGGCCCCUUCAUUACAGCAUGUACUGCACUCUCUAUGCUAAGAAUGUAUUUAUUUAAGCAGAUUUGCACAAAGAUAAAUAAAGCAUGAGAUGGACAUUCCUAUUACUCCCUGUAAAGCACUAAUUAUAAGGUUUUGGCUGGAAACAUCCAUGCCAGUAGAACAGAGAACGGCAAUUAUUUGGUUUCUUGUGCCUUUUAAUACAGAAAAUAAGCAAAUAGUAGCUGAAGCGUUCAUUCAGCCAGUGUUGUAGCUAAUGGGGUUUUUCAUGUUUCUCUAGUUGUUCCCUACGAUGACAGCCCUGGGCAUGAAAACCGACAUGAUAGUGAUAGGAGGCACAAAAAAACAUUUUAAUCUCUGUUCUACUGAAAUGUUCAGCUAAUCAGAUUUUGUACAGCAUGAUCAUCAACAAUAUAUUAACUGUGAGAUAAAAUGUUUUAUGUGGUGAACUUUAUUUCCCUCACAGAAGGGAUAUAUGCAUAUAUGUUAUUGUGCAAAAAAGAUCAUGUGAAUAAUAAUGUUCAUAUUAUUGUAUAAUUUAUUUCUUGUGUUAACCCUCCAAUUUUCUGGAGGCUUUUAAUGUUUUAUCUUACAUUAAAAAGCAUUAUAAUAAUA